AUGAAGAAGCUCUACCAUAAAGCGACGGUUCAUCCAACCCCACCGGUCAUCACCGACCAACUUUCCUUCCUUCCGGCCACCAUCCUCACCCUAGCAGCUGCUCUCUCAACCGAAGACAGAGAAGUCUUGGCUUACCUCAUCUACUGCUCAUCCGCUGCAACCCCAACAGCCUUUACCGGAAACCCAAAACGGAACACCGUUAAGAACACCGAUCAUGCUACUCUCUUCAACUACAGUUGUUUCCGAUGCUACACGAGUUACUGGGUCAAAUGGGACGAGUCGCCGAACCGUGAACUCAUACAUGAAAUCAUCGACGCUUUUGAGGAGUGGUUGGCUCAGAGUAAUAAAGGUGGGAAGAAAGGGAAAGGGAAGAAGAGAGAAGCAUUUAAAAAGCUGAGGUAUUACAAUCUCCAACCCUAA